CGGAACAAUGGAAAACUUUUGUUACCCUUAGUAACCAGUAUUACCCCAUUUUUAAAUUUUGGGCAGUCUUUCUACCCAUUGUAAAUAUCAGUCACCCGGAUGAUUUUGAGACAAUAUUAAGUAGCAAGCAUAUGGAUAAAGAAAUGUUUUAUGAUGUCUUACAACCUUGGCUGGGUGAUGGACUUCUCCUAAGUACAGGUAAUGAUAGAGAGAUAGAUAAGUUUAUUGCCCCGUAGGGUUACAAUUUCUAUAACUUACACACAGCCUUAUUUUUACAUCUUUUCUUGUACUUACACUUUUCACACUCGCUUUAUCUCGCACGCCGUACGCUCAUCGGCUAAUGCCUUACGCAACAUAAUACCAUUGUACAAAGAAACAUAAAAUAAGAAACAUAAAA